AUUUAUUUAUUUAUUUUAAAGAGUGUAGUUAUAAUAUGAUAUGGAUACUGUAAGUGCUCACCUCAUUGUCGCUGAGCUGAGUUACUGUAAAUUAUAAUUCGUGUGGCAACCAUGGGAAAUAAAAGGAAGCGAAACGUCGAUAGCAAUAUUGAAAUUCACGUGAUAUAGCUAGAUAGAUGGUAGAUAGAUGGGUAGAUGGUUACUUUAGUUAUCCCAAGCUGGGAAAUUUCCCGUGUAACAGCAGCACGUUUCACACUUGAAAAAUAUAUACAAUAUCUACACAAAUAAAUGUAAAAAAAUAUAUACGGAUUGCAAAACAUAUAGAGAAUAAGAAUAACACAUUUAAAGAAUUUACAUGAAAUACUAACAGUGGAAAUAGUGCAGUAGUACAAUCAAUUGGGUCAUUGGGCUCAUAUUUCCAUUGUCUAUUUAGAUAAUGUGAUUCAAAGCUGACUGCUGGCCGGUAAUAGGAAUUUCUGAGUUAAGUUAAGGUGUUCUAUGCAUUUUGCUUGUUUGAUUCAUGGUGUUUUUUCCCUUCUUGCAUACUAAGUGCUUUUUGAUUAGUGAGUAACUGCAAUAUGUUUGAAUGUUCAUUUCAAAUUCUUGAUGAUCUUAAAUUGAAAUCCUAUCACACAAUAAUGCAAAGGAUCAAAGGCACACACUGGCUCCUGUGAUCUGGGAUCUCAUAGGUGCUGGUAAAUCCUCUCAGAAUUGGACCUUCUUCGGGAAUCGUCUCUCGUUCUCUCCUUCUUCUUCUUCUUUGGACUAUACAUAUUUACAGAAACUGUGAUGGACUUUUUAUUUGGCCAUUGCUGGACUGCCUCUAGAUAAACAGUCUAAACUCAAGAACUGGACUCCGCAUUCCCUACUUUGUCCGCACUCUCACCUGAGCACAACUUUGUUGCCACACCUUUGGAUCCACAAUACACACUUUCACACACACACUCCUUGUCUAGCCCCACUACUUUCCCAUUAAUCAGUGGAUGCCUGAUCCAACGUAUUAAAAGAAUAACAUUGCCUUUCCAUUCAUAUAAUCACACAUAUUUAGGGGUAUUGGAGCAUCCAGACUGCGAACAUCUCCAGUUUGUUUAGCAAAGAACGAUUGAAAGCAAAGGAUACAUAAAUUCGCCUAAUGCCUGUAGUGCUUUUGCAGCAAGUCCUCUUUUCUACCAGGUGGGGGCAGCAGUGAGUCAGAGGCAAUUAAAUGCCUCGUGCUGCCGGCGUGUCCUAAACAGCUCUUCAUGCGCCUGUUGGUGUGUGUGAGCCCUUUUUGAAUUGGAUGGCACCAGAUACAGUGAGAGAGCAACAAUUGGUGUACGAUUCCCGUCCGAUGGAAUCAGCACAAGUGGAUUAUGACGAACUGACUGAAUAUAUCCCAGGGCAAGAGCAGGACAUGAGCUGAUACAAUAUGUAAGAAAAACACAGGUUGCUGCUUCCUGCUGAUCGAAGACCAACAGCAUAGGUCAGCCGAGGCCAUCACCAUGGUGACCUUCACAGAGACGACACAGGUCUCCCCUGUGGGACUGCGCGAGCCGCCCUGCCUGACCGCCACCCUGUCACCCGGGCUGCGGCGGAAAAAGAUGCUGUGGCAGAAUGCUGUGAAACACAUCAUUAUCCAGCAGGAGCUCAGCGCCCAGGUUGGUGUGGAACCGGCACAAAAAAUCUUUGUGACAGAUACCUACAUGGAUGAAAUCAACAGACAAAUCCGCAGCAAGGGCUCACGCGGAGUCACCAAACGCCGCUCCUCCACUUUUAGAGUCCACCCGGCCCAGGCCCGCGGUUCCACCAGCAGUGGCGGAGGUUCCUGUCACGACUUUGGCGGCGAUGCCGACUUCUUUGUGCACUGGGGUCACACUAUUCGUGGUGUCUACGUACCCUCCCUGAGGCACACCUUCAAGUCCCGCGACCUGGAGAAACUCUACCAGCAGCACUCUUCUCACCAAAGACGCAACUCUCUGGCAAUCACAAAUGUUAUCGACGCCUUGGCCAAGCUGCACGUGCUGGUUCUGUACCUGGCGUUGGCCCCGGAGGCCUUCACAGACAAACUGCGGGGCUGCCUGACGGGCAUUUUCAUGAUGGUGGCCAUAGCACUGUGCAUCGUGGUGUUGACCUGCAAAGACUCCAUGUCCCCGCAGUGGCUCCGUUAUGCAGGCCUCGCUAGCUGGCUGUCGCAGACCACGCAGGUGCUGGGAGGACUGGCAUACGGACUAGAAAAAGACCCGUCGUGGUACGUUUUGUUCACUCUGUUCGCCACAUACACGCUGCUGCCCUUACCUCUGCUGUGGGCCAUGUGCGCUGGCUCCCUUACCUCAGUGCUGCACCUGCUGGUGGAGAUAGUGCACUACUACAACGAUGCAGUGCUCAUGAGAAAGGUGUUUGCCAAAGGGUUGCUGUACCUGGGUAUGAACACAGCUGGCUUUUUUAUCCACUACUUGACAGACCACGCUCAGAGACAGGUUUUCCUGGAGACGCGGCGCUGCAUUGAGGGCCGCCUCAAACUAGAGCAAGAGAACCAGAGACAGGAGCGCCUGGUGCUGUCUAUCCUGCCUCGCUUUGUUGCCUUGGAGAUGAUCGCUGACAUGAGCUCUUUGGAAGAUGAACUCAAUCCUCAGGAGUUUCACAAGAUCUAUAUCCACCAGUACAAAGAUGUCAGCAUCCUAUUUGCAGACAUCAAGGGCUUCACUCUUUUGUCCAUGAACCUGUCGGCACAGGAUCUGGUUCGAACCCUCAACGAGCUCUUUGGACGCUUUGACCGACUGGCAGAGGAGCACCACUGCAUGCGAAUAAAGAUAUUGGGAGACUGCUACUACUGCGUGUCAGGGGUCCCUGAGCCACAGCGUGCCCAUGCCCGUUACUGCGUCGAGAUGGGCCUGGCUAUGAUCAGCACGAUACGGCAGGUAAGGAAGCAGUUAAACUUCGACAUGGACAUGAGGAUCGGGAUCCACACCGGCUCCGUCCUAUGUGGGGUGCUCGGGCUGCAGAAGUGGCAGUUUGACGUCUGGUCCUGGGACGUGGGCAUUGCCAACAUGCUGGAGGCCGGGGGAAUACCAGGACGCAUCCACAUCUCGAGGGCGACUCUGGACAGUCUCGAGGGCACCUACAAGACAGAGGCCGGUCAUGGCCGUGACAGGAGCGAGUUUCUGCGGAGACACAACAUCGACACUUUCCUCAUCUGCUCCCAGGAGGAAAGGGACAAGGUUGACCACGCCGAGCCCCCCAGAGUCCUGAAAACAAAUAGAACGUGGCACCCGGAGAUCCCUUUCGGGAACGCCAUCGACAUGAACAGUAUCCUGGCCUCCUUUACAAACGGCUCGCUGCCCAACAUAUGGCAGUCCACCUCCAAAGAGAUCAACAAACGCAUCAAACAUGCCAUAGAGGUCCGAAGCAGCGAGCGCAUGCACAAGGAGCACAUCACUCCACUGACCCUGGUGUUCAAGGACACACACAUUGAGGAAAAGUUCUCCCAGAUGAGAGACGAAAUGUUCAACUCCAACUUGGUCUGCUCCUUCAUCAUGCUCCUCUUUCUCAUGGCUGCCCAGGCACUGAUCCCUGCUCCCAGGUUGGCCCCGGCCAUCCUCCAGUUUUCACUCUUUCUGCUCACCUACAUGCUGCUGCUGCUGUUGGCCCUGGCUGAGGAGUUCAAGCGGACUCCCGCGGCACUGCAACACUUGUGCUGCUGGAUCCACGAAAACAACAGCGCCCGCAACCUCCUCACCCUCACUGCCAUCGUCAUCAACUUUGGCUUGACCUCUAUUGACAUGGUCUGGUGCAUUCUCACUGACACCGGAGAGGCAGACAUGAUGGACAGAACGAACACAGUCUCUCUCACUGUCUGCACUUACCCUGAGGUGUUUGUGUUGAGCGGUGUGAUAGCCAUGGUGACUUGUGCCGUGUUCCUGCGUCUCAACUCUCUGCUGAAGCUGGCCGUCUUGCUGCUGGCGGUGGCCGUGUACUCCUACCUCAUCCACGUGGCCUUCCUCACGCUCGCACGCCACGAUAUGCAGCACAGGUCUCAUUAUGUCCGGAGAAAAGGAAUCUCCAUCCUUCUCAUGAUGAUGUUUAUUGUUGCUGUCUUCUACAACGGACGACAGUGGGAGGCCACUGCCAGACUGGACUUCCUGUGGCGUCUGCAGGCCCAACAGGAAGUGGAGGACAUGAGAGAGUUGCGGGAACACAACGAGUGUUUGUUACACAACAUCCUGCCCGUGCACGUCGCCCGACAUUUCCUGGACCGGAGCAAGAAUGACGUGGAGCUUUACUCCCAGUCCUAUGAUGAAGUGGGCGUUAUGUUUGCCUCCAUUGCUGGAUUCAAUGAGUACUUUGAGCAGAAAGAGAUUAAGCAUGAAGGAGUGGAUUGCCUCCGACUGCUGAAUGAGAUCAUUGCUGACUUUGAUGAGUUACUGGAGGAGUCGUACUUCCACUAUGUGGAGAAAAUCAAGACCAUCGGGAGCUGCUACAUGGCAGCCUCUGGCUUAGCUACAGACAGACUGGUGGGAGACGCUCUUGUGUCCAUGGACGAGUGGAAUCACUUGAGCGAGCUGGUUUUGUUUGCGUUGGCGAUGCAAGAGACCUUGAAAGAGAUUAACAAGCACACUGCCAAAAACUUUCAGCUGCGUGUGGGCAUUGCCCAUGGGCCGGUGGUCGCAGGUGUGAUCGGUGCCACCAAGCCGCAGUAUGACAUCUGGGGGUCAACGGUGAACUUGGCCAGCCGCAUGGACAGCACAGGUGUCAGCGGACGGAUCCAGGUACCCGAGGCCACUCGCAGGAUCCUGGCAGAAUGGGGCUUCGUCCUGGAGCUGCGUGGAGAAAUAUUUGUCAAGGGGGUGAGCGAGCGCCAGGGGAAAGUCCGCACCUAUUUCAUCAGCACCAUGCGCAGCAAGAUGGCCAAUGUUGCCACAGAUUGCCGCGCAGGCGGCCGGGCAGCAGGACGCAUGACGCUGGCAGGAGUGGUGUUCGGUCUCGUCCAGGCCAGAAACAAGGAGAAGAUGAGAGAGACCAACGGGGGGUUCGGUCUGAAUACCCGCACCCUGCAGUGCUGAGGGGAUUGUUGGGGUCAGAUUGACCGCAGGGGGAAGAGGACGCAGUCCAGCCAUAUUGUUUCUACUGGUUUACACUUUUUUUGUUCUUGUUUCAAACCUUGCCAUAUUAAAAUUAGCCGCAUACUGGUCUUAUGAUCCAGUUCACCAGCUUCCCUGUCAUCCAAAAGACAGAAAUGAAUAAAGCUUUUGGACAGUAUUGUGCUAAAACAGCAUUUAUGGGAAGAUAUCUGAAGCACUGAUUUCAGUUUUGGGGUCAGUUUGUACAGAGCUAGCAAAGGCCAACAUGUCUUUUAUUCAUUUAUUUAUUUAUUUAUUUGCUUUCCAGCAAAGCCCUGACUUCUAAGCCAAAUCACAGACUACCUCAAAAGCAACCAGCUCACCUUUCAGAGACAACCAAUGGCCUAUACAAUACUGUUCUGUUGUGUUAUCAUGGAUCAUUUUGUAACAGUCCAGUACAUUUCAUAUUGUGAGUUGACGCAUUAUUUCAACUAGUCCUCCCAGUGGAGUUUUUGGUGAAAGGGGAUGCACACCCUGGACAGGUCGCCAGUAUAUCACAGGACCAAGAUAUAAAGACAAACAUAUAUUGGACAUAUAGAGACAAAAAUACAUUCACCAAUCAUACCUAGCCUGCGUGUCUUUGGACUGUGGGAGGAGGCCAGAGUAGCAGAGGAAUUCCACGCAGGGAGAGCUGGGGUUCAAACCACUUCACGACAGAGCCACACAGUAUUGCCUCAGUCCACUACGAUGAGUCUCACACGAGUAACUUUACUACAGUUACAGUAUAAUUCCAAUGGAGUAGUGCAUCUAAGCAAAGAGGUUGAGCCAACUUUAAUGCCAAAUCACCUCCCAGGUCACAUUUACUUUACUUCAUUUCAAGUGUCGGCCUGAUGCAUAUUGAUGCUGUCUGAAAAACCCAGGUACAGACUGACUUCCUCUUUGUGGUUUACCAGAUGACAGUUACUGAUAAUAUCAGACUUUAAGAAAAAUUUAAACAAACCUAAAGGGUGUGUUUGUAAAUUCAUGAACCCAUCGAAUUGUAAAGUAACCAAAAGUCUUUAACAGUGUUUGUAAUAAAGCUCAGAUUUAUCUUGUAUUCAAAAGAAAUACUGUCGGGGGACUAUAUAUUAAGGCUGUGUGCUCUGAAAGUCUGUCAUUCUGGAAAUGGAAUUUGUAACAGUUACAUUUUGUUAUUCAUUUUCAGAGGUGUAUUAUGUUUAUUUUUAUAAAUAAUUUUUAAGA